AAGAACUCCGCGUGCCCGCCCGCAGCCUCUGGGCGCUGCACUUGUACCUGUUGCAUGGCAUGGGGUGCGUCCAGGCGCCUGUUGCAUGGAGAGUGCGCUUCGCCGCGGCAUGUGCGGGCGGGGUGGAGGGCGGGUGUGCACGCGUCAGUCAGCUGCGCGUGCAGGGUGUGUCGUCUUCGUCCUCCUCCUUCGCUCCGCGCUUUGCGUCUUACAUGGCAGCGGCACCCCGCCAGGCCCCAAGGCGAGCGCCUGGGCGUCCCUCGGGGCCGGAGCCGCGGUUACCAUGAGCCUGCCCCCCUCCUGCCAAAGGACGGCAGAGAAGGGCGUCCCGUGGGCGCGGCGCAGCCCCGCCGCCGCCUCCUGCGCUCUGGGCGCGGCACUUGUGCAUCUCUGCCCUGCUCUGUGCGUCUGCUGGAGGCUGCUGCCCGGCUUCUCUGCACCUGCUCCGCCAGACCAAGGAAGACCGGAGCCGUUCUUGCAAACACCCCUAGCUGCCAGUGGCCUCUUCUUUGAUUGAGAACUACCCUACCCCAUUUCGGAUGCUGUCGCUAUGUAACCCGUUCCUAUGCAUGUUUGUUCCGAAGAAAUUCCUCAUGGAAUUCAAUGAGACUUGAUUGCUUCCAAAAAUCUAUAGAUGGAGCACCAAAGUGAUGUGAACUAAUCUAGUGAGCAACAUGACUCUUUUACCAGGAGAAAAUUCAGACUAUGACUACAGCGCCCUCAGCUGUGCAUCAGAUGCCUCCUUCAACCACCCUUUCUUUGCUGAAACUGAAGCUCUCAAGGGAGUCUUCUACCAAAAAGCCAAACUCAUUCAUCCUGGAGAAGAUCUCUAUGAAAGCAUUCAUCCAGAAGAUCGGAAGCAUCAUAUCAUCAUCAAUGUGGGUGGCUUUAAAUACUUGCUCCCAUGGACCACCCUGGAUGAGUUCCCCAUGACCCGCCUGGGCCAACUGAAAUUUUGCAACAAUUUUGAUGACAUCCUCAACAUUUGUGACGAUUAUGAUGUGACCUGCAAUGAAUUCUUUUUUGACCGCAACCCUGGGGCAUUUAGGACCAUCUUGACUUUCCUGCGGGCAGGGAAACUUAGGCUCUUGAGAGAGAUGUGUGCACUUUCUUUUCAAGAGGAGCUGCUUUACUGGGGCAUUGAGGAAAGCAAUCUUGAAUGGUGCUGCAGGAGGCGGUACCUGCAGAAAAUGGAAGAGUUGGCUGAAUUGAAUGAAACUGAAGAUGACUUCAUAGAUAGCGAAAACCCAUGUGAAACGGAGGAGGAGACGAAAGCUGGCCUUUGCAUGAAAAAGUUACAAGACAUGGUGGAAAGACCUCAGUCUGGGAUUCCUGGGAAAGUGUUUGCCUGUUUGUCAGUGCUGUUUGUGACUAUCACUGCAGUCAACCUGUCUAUCAGCACUAUGCCUGGCUUAAGGGAGGAGGAAGAGAGAGGUGAAUGUUCUCAGAUGUGCUACAACAUUUUCAUAGUGGAGUCUGUCUGCGUCGGAUGGUUUUCUCUGGAGUUCAUUUUGAGGUUCAUCCAGGCACCAAGCAAGUUUGUGUUUUUGAGGAAUCCGUUGACCCUCAUUGAUAUAGUGGCUAUCCUGCCCUAUUACAUCACUUUAUUACUAGACACCGCUUCAGUGGGCAGUAAUAAAAAGCCAAGCUCUGGCAACAUCUACCUGGACAAGGUGGGCCUGGUGCUCCGAAUACUCCGUGCCUUGAGGAUUCUGUACGUCAUGCGGCUUGCCAGACAUUCCCUCGGCCUGCAGACUUUGGGACUCACUGCUCGUAGGUGCACUCGUGAGUUUGGUCUCUUGUUACUUUUCCUUUGCGUGGCCAUUGCACUGUUUGCCCCUCUCUUGUACGUGAUUGAAAAUGAGAUGGCAGACUCUCAGGAAUUCACCAGCAUCCCUGCUAGCUAUUGGUGGGCGGUGAUCACCAUGACAACAGUGGGCUAUGGCGAUAUGGUACCCAGAAGCAUCCCUGGCCAGGUGGUGGCACUGAGCAGCAUCUUGAGUGGCAUCCUUCUCAUGGCCUUUCCUGUUACGUCCAUCUUCCACACAUUUUCCCGCUCCUACAUUGAGCUGAAGCAAGAGCAGGAAAGAAUUAUGUACAGGAGGGCACAGUUCUUAAUGAAAGCGAGGUCCCAGUUAAACAAUGCUUCACAAGGGAGCGACAUAUUUCCGAGUAUCUCUUCAGAGACCAGGGAGAAUAACUGAAAUGAAUGUUUCCAUGUCUGCCUGUUGCUGAGCAAACAGUAACAUCUCGGCAUCUGUGUCUGGAAGUGUUUGGGAGAUGCAUUCUACAAGUAACAUGCAAAGGGCUUUUAGCCAUUAUGACAAUAGGAUCUUAUUUAUAAUUAUGGAUAUUAGGAUUGUUGAUUUUCAAUAGGCUGCACAACUGAGAUGCAAGAUCAUGAAGCAAGACUUUUAACAAAUUAACAGGCAUAAUUAACUAAAAGGAAUAAAAUGCAAAAUUGCAUACUGGGCACAGCUGUUGCCCUUUGUAACAUAAAAGAGGCAAAGCCAUUUCCCAAGAAAAUGACUGUGAAUGUCAACGUUUUGGUCAUUCCAUUAAUUUGUUGUUUAUAACCAAUACUUGCAAACUAUAACAUCUCCGCCAGAUUAAUCCUUGGGUGUCACUCCACUGCUCGUACUACAGUUAAGCGUGUGAGCCACAUUGGCAGAAAUGUUAAUCAUUUAUGUAUUUGUUAUAUUUUUCUCCAGAGUGUGAUGACUCAUUAUCCUUAUUCAGACAUUAUCUUGUACUAGUGUACACUCACACAUGCUUUUGUGUGAAUGACUGCAUCUAUGUUCAUUUUUAAAAGCAAAGCAACUGCAUGGUAGGGAUAGGAAGUGUGUUGCUGUGUUCAAGAUAAAUGUGAAUAACCUGUACCUGUGUACAAAUAUGUACAUAAUGUCUGAAUAGGACUCUUGUCAGUUUCCCUUCCAGGGGCUGGCCAGACCCAGACCUCCUUCGCCUCAGUUACAGAAACACAUUAAGCAGCCUUAGACAAUUUCCUCGGUCAGGAGAAGCAAUAAUAGCAUUUCGUUGUUUUUUUAAAGCCAUAAUUUAAAUAACAACAGAAAGCUGCUUGUUUCUAAGAGAGCUUUAUAAUCACGCACUUACUUGCUCACUCUCAGCAAAUAACAUUUCCUACUUGGGUGACCAAGUAUAGUCCCACUGCCACUGGAUGCUGUUUCUUUUUCCUGUGAGAUGGUUUAUUAUUUAUAUGGAACUGAGACGAGAGAGCAGCUUGCAGAGGUCUCUGAUAUCCAGUUCCAUCCUGCUCUCCAUAGGCUUGCUUUUUGCACAAUGUUCCCUGGGAUUGUUGAGAAGCAGGAGGCCUUGAAAGCAAAAAAACCUUUAUAACUGGCUGCCCUUCUGAGUUCUCUGGUGCUCCUCUGAAUGUUUUACAAGAAAGCACUGGGUUAUUGUCCUCUGUCUCCUGGAUACUGACUACGCGAGAUUGGCCUGGUACAGUUUUUCUCCUAAUCUGUGCCCUCUAAUAUUAAUGAGGGAAAGGUAGCGAACAGCAACUCAAACAGAAUAUGUAUCAAAACAACCCACUGUGCCAAUCAUUGCCUUGCUGCUGUUUUCCAUGGCAUUGAGUGGACAGAAAUAAAAGUCUUAUGUCUAGCUCAGUCACCAAAACUAGUGGCACAGAAGCUUGUGAUAAUUUUUGUUUGUUUUGAAGAAAUCAUGAGCAAGUGGUCAGAGUGUGUGUGUGUGUACGUACGUAUACACACACACACACACACACACACACACAUCUUUGAUAAGUUAUUGGAAACUCAAUAGGUCUCCCAGGAGUCAAACUAAAGAGGUGUAAAGGCCUCCUGCUAAUUGCCUUGGCCUUCCCUUGUAUGGCAAACUCCGCUGCAGUCCAACAAAAUGUUUGCAAGGCCCUGAAAAGCAACCAAGGGCCUAUCUGUAUCCCUGUUAAUUCAGGUAUAAUUCACACCAGUACAAACUGGGCUUAUUUUUCAGUAAUCCCUGCUGGCAUUUUAAUCUGCCUGGAUUGACGGACACAUGGUAAACUUGUCAUACUUUGUUUUGUUUCAAAAUACUUCUAUCUGACUUUUCUCACCAAAAGUGUCCCAAGGUGGCUUGCAGUCAAGAACAGUGUAGUAACACAAUCAUAGCAUCGUGAAAGGCAACUAAUAAAAUAAAACCACGGCUAAAAGUCACCUCCCAACCACCAGCCAAACCAUGUGUGUGUUUAAUUGAGAAAAGCCACAUGGCUUUAUGGCGUGCAUGCUGGUGAUUUGAACUUGCAGUCAACCACUAAAGAUCAAGCAGUACAACCAGCUCGCUGUGUGAAUUUUCUUAAUCCAGGCAGAGAAAAUUACCAAAAUCACUUUGCACUUGUAUAUCGGUUCCACUGGAUCAUUGGGGACUGGGCUACAUCAGUGGUUGUCAAGAGAACACUUGAGUUCCUUGGAAGCUUACCAGGGGUUCCACAGUGAGAAGAUCAAUAAUGGAGGGCAACCUUCCAUGAAAGGCAGUUGGUUCUCUACUACUGAUCCCUUGCAAUGUAUAGUUCCAGGGGAGUGCAUUCCAUUUGCAAAGGGUGAUCGCUGAGGCCAACAAGCCUGGCCAUUGGUUGCACAAACUGAAUGUGUGCCCCAGAACAUGCACCAGAAUCUUUUACAAAGCAUUGGGGUUCCAUGCCAGGAUCUGGGGUUCAUCAGCAGAUGUCUCUCUGGGAAAGCAGGAUGUUUGAAAACCAUUGAUCACUAUGAGCCACUAGACUCCUUUGAUUUUUGAGUAGUCCUUGGAUAAGUGUUUUGUAAUGGAAAAGCAUUGGUAACUGACUGGACACAGUCCAAUGAUCAGUUUCCAAUCUGAAGUAUUGACUGAUGGGAAGAUCUGGAUGGGAGAUCAUUUAUCUAUCCCACCUGAGCAGAAGUGCACAAGUAGGAAGAUCACUGCUAAUUAAUAUUGUCAGGAGACAUGGAGUUAAAGUUCCAAGAAAAAUAGUUUAUUCAGGAAAUACAUCGGUGAGAUAGGAAAGGCCUACAUGCCUAGCUGCUAGGAAGAAGUCUAUCUCUCAGGUGAGAGAAUUAAACCUGAGACUAUCUAAAAAAGGAGAUGUAGAAAAAGCAUGAUCAGAGAGGAGAUUCCUUUGCUUACUAUCUCUACCCCAGUAGUUAGUAGGGUUGCUGGUGCUAAGAGUCGAUGCCAUCAGGAGCUGGGACGCCAACAAAGACCCUGAUGGGCAAAGGGAUCAUUGAGCAAGGGAGGACGACCAUCUCCUGGCCUCCAGGGUCGGGGGAGUACCAAGGCUCUCCUCUGGCUUGAUGGGAGGACGACCAUCUCCCCUCCACCAGGGUCGGGGGAGUAACAAGGCAACCCCUUGCCCCCUCCUGUACCCAGCUGGUGAACAUAGUGCUCACUGGCUGGGAGAGUGAGGUGUACCCCUCUCGUCCCCAGCUGGUGUUUCACUGAAACAUGGGCUGGAAAUACCCCAGCUGGUAUUUCACUGAGACACUGGGCUGGGGAGGGGAGCCCUAGCCCAGUCAGGGAGGAUGGGAGAGUAUGACCACUCUCCUGGGCAGUGGCCACACCCCCUGCAUCUGAUGAUAGAUGCAGGGGGCGUGGGCACUACCAGGGGCGGAGCCAGUUGGCCCCUGCAGAGCUUCCCCAGUCAGCGGUUCAUUGAAUCGCUGGCGAGGAGCUCCUUUCCCUGCCUCCUAAGGGGGCAGGGAAAGGAGCUCCCAGUCAGCAAUUCAGUUUAACUGCUGACUGGGGAAGAUCUUCAGGGGCCAAUUGGGCCCCAUCCCCGGUAUUGACCACACCCCUGCAUCUGAUGUCAAACGCAGGGAGCAGGCACUUUGUGCACCCACUUGACAAUUGCAGGGGGCAGGGGACCCACUGGCAGGACUCUGCCCUCUAGCCGCCCAAGUGCUCCCUAUGCCCCUGCUAGCUGAUCUUUGACUGCUAGACAUAUGUGUAAUAUCAGCUUAUCAAUUAACUGGGGUAAGCAGCUGCAUCAUUUUUCAUUGGCAUAUGUGGUGCCCAGUGUUAGGGGGACAUCAUGCUGUGCCACAGGGCUACCUAAGGCGGUCCCUAUGCUGUUCAGAAGUAGCGGUGGCACAAGCCGUGCUGCCAUGGUUUUACUCAUUGUUAACUGCAGUCGUGCUGCUUGCACAUCCACUGCUUUUGAAUAGCAUCGUGGCUGCCUUGGGAAUCUGCAGUCGCUCUGGGGGGCACAGCAUUGCCUCUCCAUAACUCGGCACACCAUGUAAGCUGGAUCAUUAUCCAUGUAGGCUUUCGUUUGCAAGAUCAGGUCCUGAAACUGAAAUGCAGAUCUGGGAGAUUAAAAGUCCUGAUAAAUGGAUAAAAGGCCUGUCCAGGUGUUCAAAUGACACAGGUACUGAGAGGCAGAGUUCCCCAUUGCAUGGAUAAAGCUCUCCCUUUAUGCACAUACAGCUGUACAUGAGGAGGCCUCGAUUGGAUGAACACACACAGAUCAAGAGCCCGUGGCCUCCAUGUGAAUGUACAUUGUUGAUGAGAAUCUGAUGGGAAAUUUUCUUCUCUGUAUAUGUACAAUAGCAUUCACUCAUCAUAUUUCAGACAUGUAAUCCAACAGUCAAACUCCUUCUGAACAGCUGGGUUGGGUUAUAUUCUACAGGGUUCUGAGUGACAGGACUAAGGAACAAGGAUGAAUUUGGCCGACUUUGAUUUUGUGUCUUGGUAACAAAAUUGCUUGUAAGCUAGCAACAUGUUGUCCUAUGAAUCACUGUUAAGAAAAUUGCUUAAAAAACAAACAAACACCAAAGUGAUACUCACUGUGGCUUCUAAUGCUAAAUUAAUGCAGCUUAUGUGUCUGAACAAUCAUAACAUUAUCACUGAACAUAUUGUCUCUCAUUUCCAACUGUGAGGAUUGAAGUUUUUUAAAUAAAAAGAUCAACUAUUUCUGGAGUAUAAUCUCAUUUUGUUUUUGAAAAUCAACUUCACAUUAAAAUUACGGAAUUGUUUCAAACUCUAAACAAAUCUAUACAGCUGAAUAGUUCAAUGCCUGGGAUUUUUUUAAAAAGUACUCUUAACAGCAGACAAGAGACUCCUAUGAAAACUUAUGAAGUACAAUAGCAUGGAACAAUCACUGAUAAAGAUUGAUAUGGAGAUAUCUUGUUACAUUACAUAAAACAGCAGUUUUUAUCUGUGGCAAUUCCAAGAGAGUUACUUGUAUAUUAUCUUGUAGAUAUGGCAAUAGCAUAUACAUUUUCAACUUAAAAACAGCAGCAGCUGUGUUCAUUUUGAUUAAUAAAAAGAGAUGGAUUUGCUUUUCA